CGACGGUGUAAACAUGUGUCUGUCCCAUAACAAUAUUCUAAAUACUAGUGCUUAUUAUAAAUAAACAGUGAAUGAAAAUGGACUUUAACAUAUCAGAUUUCGGUGCCAACGAAACUAUAGAUAAAUUGACUGAAUUCUUUAAUAUAAGUGUUGCGAAUUUCACAAACGAAAGUGAAGUGUCUCAGAUACAUUUAUUCGAUUUGUAUGAAGCUUACAAGACUAAAGAAAGGGAGCAGCUGUUGUUGUACAAAUGGAUAGCGUAUAUCCUGGGAUCGCUCAUCGUCUUGAGCAACUUGACUGUUGUAAUAUCUAGUGGACUGAUUAUAAAAAAAGUUCUUCGUCUUCUCCCUCGACCUCUCACUCGUACUGUUUAUGCUUCGCAGGCACCCACAGUACGCGCAAUGCGUCUGAUCGGUGACAUGCUCGCUCAUCACGAGGAAUCUGAUUUAUUUGUGGAUGGUUCCAAACGUGGCCAACCACCUUUAUUGGCGCUGCACACGAAGUGCGGUAGACAUGCGCCCACUAAGCGUGCUAUACGUGUAUCGGGAACAUACUUGAUCAGCACUAUGAACUGGAUCUAUUUGCCGAUAAUUUUAAUUAUUUAUAUAAUCAAUAUCGCGAGAAAGUUACAAGUGCUUGAAAAAUUCGUCAGUCCUGUUAGGACCUGGGUAGCCUGCGGCGGUUUUGAUGUUUCCCCGCUACCAGGCGCGUCCCCCGGGUGGCGGACGGGGGUAGUGGCUUCGGCCACCAUGGACCGUGCGGCUUCGGCCGUGCUUAAUGAAACAACACUGAGGAGCCCGUCAGGCGUCCCGGACUUAUUCCGGGUAGCGGCUGAUGGGCAGGCAGGUGGAGUUUCGCUUUGGAGAGAGCUCCAGGCCGGCGUCCCGUCGGUAGGACGGGUAGCCGCGGCGCGGUUCGGGUUGGGCGGGCGUCCUGAGAUUAUCUCGGGUAGCGGCCGUGCCAACGAGAGCGAAAUGAGAGAAAACUGGAGAAAUGAAACUGGAGAAAGUUCGGCUAUUGAGGAAAGUAGUACGGAGGAUUGCGAUAUGGAUAUGGAGUUUCGAUCUAGACUGAGUGGGGAUCUUGAGACACUGGAUGCUGUUUGGCAAGGCUGA